CUCCUCCUCCUCCUCCUCUUCAUCCGCCUCCUCCUCACGCUCCGUCUCUCUCCUUCAGUCCGCUCAGCAUGUAGUUUCUCCGGGCUCUUGUUUCAUUCAUGAGGAUACCUAAGGAGCAGACAGAAGGAGGAGAGAAGAGACUCAUGUGAGGGAGAACCGGCCCCGUCCUCGGCUUCCUCCUCCAGUGUUUGUGCGCGGAUCGCGGAGAGAUGGGAGCGGUGCGCCGGGAGAGGAGCGCUCUGCCGCGGCUCUGCCUCCUGCUCCACCUCCUGCUGGGCUCCACAUCAGCGGCCUGGGACCUGGUUCUCCUGCACACCAACGACGUACACGCACGGGUGGAGGAGACCAGCAAACACUCGGGUAAAUGCAGCAGCAGCAGCCGGGGCGGCUGCUUCGCCGGAGUUGCGCGCAGAGCCACGAUGGUGGAGCGGAUCCGCGCCUCCGAGCGCAACGUGCUGCUGCUGGACGCCGGAGACCAGUUCCAGGGGACCGUGUGGUUCAACUACUACAGAGGAGCCGAGGCUGCGCAUUUCAUGAACAAACUGCGCUACGAUGCCAUGGCUUUUGGAAAUCAUGAGUUCGACAACGGAGUGGACGGACUCAUGAAACCCUUCAUGCAGGAGAUCAAGUGUCCGGUUCUCAGCGCCAACAUCAAACCAGAUCAAACUCUGGCCUCGACGUUCGGCAAAUCGUACUUACCUUAUAAGAUACUGACUGUUGGCGGCGAGAGGGUCGGCGUGGUGGGAUACACCUCGCAGGAAACUCCUGAUCUGUCCAACUCUGGACCUCACCUGGACUUUGAGGACGAGGUGAGCUCGCUGCAGCUUCAGGUGGACAAACUGCAGACGCUGGGCGUCAACAAGAUCAUCGCUCUGGGUCACUCCGGCUUCACCGUGGAUCGGCAGAUCGCCAAGAUGGUCCGUGGAGUUGAUGUUGUCAUCGGUGGACACACCAACACUUUCCUCUACACAGGCACACCUCCGUCCUCUGAAGUACCAGCCGGUCCGUAUCCGUUCAUGGUCCGUUCUCUGGAUGGGCGUCAGGUUCCCGUCGUGCAGGCCUACGCCUUUGGAAAAUACCUGGGUUAUCUGAAGGUCACCUUUGAUGACGCCGGGAAUGUGAUGAGGUCUACUGGAAACCCCAUCCUGCUGGACAGCAGCAUCCCACAGGAUCCAACCUUUCUUGCCGAUGUGGAGGAGUGGAAAAAGAACUUGGCAAACUACUCGGCUCAGGUUGUGGGAGAGACUCUGGUCUUCCUGAACGGGACGGCUGAAGAGUGUCGAUUUCGGGAAUGCAACCUGGGAAACCUGAUCUGUGACGCCAUGGUCAACAACAACAUCAGAUUCUCAGACGAGGAGGAGGAGUGGAACCACGUCGGCGCCGCCAUCUACAACGGAGGAGGAGUCCGCACGUCUAUCGACGAGCACACCAGAAACGGUUCGAUCACCAUGGAGGACCUGCUUUCCGUCCUACCUUUCGGAGGAACCUUUGACCUGGCACAGAUGAAGGGCUCCACGCUGAGGAAAGCCUUCGAACACUCGGUGAAACGAUACGGCCAAAGCACCGGAGAGUUCCUCCAAGUGUCAGGACUCCACGUAGAGUACGACCUCUCCAGACCUCCGGGCCGUCGCGUGAAGAGCCUCAGCAUCCUCUGCACGAAAUGUCGAGUUCCUCAGUACGAACCCGUCGAGGACGAGGCGGUCUACACGGUGGUGCUGCCGUCCUACAUCAUGACGGGUGGAGACGGAUUCUCCAUGCUCAAAAACGAGACGCUCAAACACAACAGUGGUGAUUUAGACAUUUCAGUCGUGUCCAAGUACAUCACGCAAAGGCAGAAGAUUUAUACGUCUGUUGAAGGACGCAUCAAGAUCUACAACUCAGCCUGUGGACAAACUGCUUCGCUGGUUUUACUGGUUUCACUGGGACUUCUGUGGACUCUGUGUGGGAGCAUGUAAGGCCGAUGGAAACCAGGCGACAUGUGAACUUGAAGAAAUGACUGAAAAUAUGAUCUGACUUUUUAAUUUUUCUACUUUUAAAGACGCUCUGUGGUUUAGUUUCCGACUUUUAAAAGAAUUUUGGUGUAAAAACUGACAAUAAAUAAAUCUCUUAGUGACAAAACUAAA